ACCUUUAGUAUUAUUUAGUUAUUUUUGGAUUUUUUCACAUAAUUUAUUAAACAAAUGCACAAAUAACCAUGGUUACAACCACAAUGCUUUUUUAUCUUUGUCCAUGAGUGACCAGCAUCCAAUAAUAUCUAAUUAUUCAAAAGAUAAAACCUAACGCCUACUACAAUAAUUUCUGGACUUCCGUUUUUGAAGAUAUUAAAACACGCCAGUCUUGGAGAAGAGUGGCUGAUAAUUAGCGAAAAAAUUAAUUGUAAAUUUAUUUAUUAAAAUAAUGAACGUGUUUGAAGUGCUAAUAUUUGGUGCCAGUAUAAAUAUUAUACUAGUAGUAGUACUAGGACUAAAUAAUAAUGGUAACGGUUUAGUGCCUGGUUAUAAAACGAACUAUGGAUAUGGUUUAAGGAGUGGAUCAGAACCAGGAUGCAACAGAUACCGGUUAAUAAAUGGAAGAGCAAAGUACAGGCAACGACAAAGGUUUGUCAGGUUUCUUUGCAACCCAGGGUUUCAAUUAAUGGGGGAUAAAUAUGCGACUUGCACGAGGGGACAUUGGGAUUUGGACAGCGUUCCUGUUUGCGUUAAAAACACAUGUAGAGCGUUAAACAAAACCGAACUGAAUAAUUUGCUGAUAUUUCCGACCAUGGGUGGGGCAGUUUUAAAUUUUUACUGCAAACAGGGGUAUACUUUGAAUGGAAAUAAUCAAGUGUAUUGCAAUGGGACCCACUGGCAAAAUGGAAUUCCAAGAUGCUUCGUAUCACACACGACUCCGCCUCUAUCGUGCAAUUUUGAGUCUGAAGACAUCUGCGGAUGGCAGCAUGACCUAAACCACGACUUCGAUUGGAGGAGGAUGAACUAUAACACCCCAAGUGGAACCAUAGGAACUGGGCCCGAAUAUGACCACACCAAAGGGGCAGGAGAAGGGGGCUAUUACAUGUACAUCGAAUCCUCCUCGAGAAGAGAAAACGACACGGCCCGUCUCAUUUCGCCGUUCUAUCAAAAAACCGCGACCGAUACUUGUUUUGAGUUCUACUACCACAUGUACGGCGCCACGACGGGAACCCUGAGGGUCUACUUGAAGAAAAUGAACGAGAGCUGGAACCUGUUGGAAAGCAAGAUGAUUUUUGACCUGAAAGGCAACCAGGGCAGCCACUGGUUCAGAUCCCUUCACUUUUUGGGGCCAAUUGAACAAGACUAUCAGAUUAUCAUUGAAGGUAUCAGAGGUAGAUCCUACAUAAGCGAUAUAGCCAUCGAUGACGUGAAAAUAAUAGAAAACUGCCAACGAGAGGAAAUUGUUAGUACCUCUACGACCGAAAUUUCUUACGGCACUGAAACAGUAAGGGUGGAAAGUUGCGAGAAUCAUUGCGGAAUGGUUUCUAGCAAUAACGAAUACGACAUCAUUUCUUGCGAUUGCGAUGAGAAUUGCCUGGAUAACAACAGGUGUUGUCCUGAUUACAUUGAUCAUUGUCUUAUGGAGACAACAACAGAAGAGUACACAACAACCGACAUGUCAAACGAAGUCCACUUUACAACUGAAAUUAUUCCAAAGUCAACCAAAAAGCCACCACAGAAUAGUUCAGUAACAUACAGAAAAACAACCACAACCACUAUACCACCACUACCAAAAUCUGUACCAAAGAAGCCUAUAUUUAUUGUAGAUGAGCCCACCCCUAAAAUAAUCGAACACACCCAACCUGCUCCCGCGAAAACAACGCCACCUACCACUAAAAUGACAGUUAAGUCAAAGCCUACUACAACUACUACUAAAAUUACGCCCAGUACUGCAAAAAAAUUUAUCAAAACAACGACAAAAACUAAAAAACCUGUUACAACGAAAAAAGUUAUAAAACCUUUUAUACCCCAAGUGAAAAAAAUAAAAGAGACUGAUUACAGUUACGUACCAGAGAGAGGUAACGACGUAUUCGACAAAUACGACUAUGUAGAAGAAAUGGGAACCAAAGUAAAAGGGACGUUUAACCAUUUCACAGAAAAAAAAACUUUACAAGUCGAAAAACCACAAACACAUUCGAAUACCGUCCUUAUUGUAGCAAGUGUGGCUCUGUGUAGUUUCGUUUUGGUUAUAUUACUGGCAGUUGGUAAGAAAUACGGUUGGUAUAACUGCGGGGACCGCAGGAAGUUAGGCAACUCUCAGAGCGACGUGCGAUUUUUGACAAACGAUGAGAUUUUAGAUUUUAGUUGCGGUUAUGAUGAUUUGUAACUUUUUUAAAUACAUUU